AUGUUAAAAGGAUUUGGUGUUUGCGUAUCUAUAAACAUACAUAGUAUCUCUUCGGAAUUCUGUUCAACCUCAGUAUGCCAAAUGUCCUCCCUCUAUCCUGAUGAGAGCUAUUGUACGAGUGAAAUAGGACGGCUUCUUUUUCAACCAAAAAAUGAAUGGGCAAUAACGGGCAAGGUGAUCGAGGCCACCGACGUGAAACAAAUUACCUUCACACAUACCGACUACAUAAUCGAAUUAAAAUGUGUUCCACGUAAUAACAUCGAGUUGGAUGAUCGAUUUUUCACCAUCACAUCUAGAUUUCGGGAACUGAAUCGCCUGCACGCCAGUCUUUCCAAGCUACACAAACAAUUGUACUUGCGCGGAGCAUUUCCACAUUUUGCCGCUCCUCGUCUACUCGGUAGCACUGAACCUUCAGUGAUCGCUGAACGAAGACAUUGUAUCGACGAGUUCUUAGCAUUCGUAUUGGAUAGUGAAGUGCUGAGAAAAGCUAGAGUGUUGCAAGAGUGGGUUGAGAAAGCCGUUGAACGACCAAAUUCCGGUCAGGUUGCUACACGCUCGUUCAUCUACGAGGGUGGAAACAUACUGGAUGCUCCGAAUGUUGACGAAUCAAAUGGUGACUCCUCGCAGGUGCUAGCUCCUCAAGCCAUAUCCUCCCCAGAGAUCGAUACUCCAACGGAUUCACGUGUAGGAUUGCAUACUUCCGCGUCUGGCGAAUUUCAGUUUCCAGAUGUAAUCAUUAGUACUGUUGAACCAUCGGAUGAGAUAACCUUGCGACCUCGUCGGAAACCCUCAGUUAUGGAACGAUUUUUUCCAAAACUUUCACCUUCAAGUAAUUCUGUACAAGCAGUGCCUUCAAUGGAUGAUUCGGACUAUAUUGUCAAAGCUGCUCAUCUAGUUUCUACAGCGCAACGUGCUGAACACGAACACGAAUACGAAUUAGCCUUCGAAUGUUAUAAGAAUGCAGCCAGUAGCUUGAUCCAGGGUAUACAGCAUGAAUCGGACAUGGCGCGGCGUAAUGCUGUUCGUCGAAAAACUGCAAAAUAUCUUGUGGCUGCGGAACGCCUCUAUCGGACAUAUCUGGCUUAUGAUGGUGCUGCCCCCAUAGUGAAUUUGGAGUCUCUUGUGGAGUCGACCAUGGCGGAUCCGGAUGUGUUGGCAUUCCAGUGUGCUAAUGCAUGCCUCAAGAAUUACCGCGUAGUUGGUGUGCUGCCGAGCAUAAACGCAAUCAAAUGGGUACUGAAGGUCGAAGAAAAGUCUACAGGAAGAUUCUUUGUCAUGAAACUCCUUGAGAAAGGUACUAGAACAAGUAAAAGUCGAGUGCUUCUGCCCACAAAUGUACCCCACAUGGUUCAGCUACAUCAGUUUUUUGAAACUGAGACAUACAUCAUUCUAGUUCUAGACUAUAUAGAGAGUGGUACUUUAUGGAACUUCUUGGCUAAUUACUUUGCCGAAGCAGAGAAAAGAUUCCUGUUGUCAUUAGCAGUCGGAGAAGACGAAGGAUUUGGAGAUGUUCCUCAGUGUUCGACUGCAGGGAUCCAGGCUGCUGCGGCCGAGUUGGAUUGUUACAGAGGACAACGCCUUCAUUUUUCUGUGGGUGUGGACUUUGAGCGAGUGGCUGAAAUGCGGGAUGAGUCCCAAAGCAGCGACGUACCUUCUACUUCUGGCGUGGUUUGCACGAUGGGCGAAGAUGCGACCGGCGUAUGCAGUGCACCACAAGGCGACUUUUAUUUGAUCGGCGAAGCAAGUGCUGACAGCGUGUCUUUGAAAGGAGAAGAAUCACCUGCUCGAGUACGUCUUUCAAAUCGUCAUGACGAGGAACAACCGAGUGACGAUCAAUCGUUGAUAGCUUCAAUAUCGUGCGUUCGUUCAUACUUGCGCCGCGAGCGGCGUCGAGCCUGGCCAGGGCUCCGGCCAUUGCCUGAAUCAUUGGUCAUACAUUGGUCUGCCCAACUUGUCAGCUGGCUAUAUGUGCUGCAUAAUGAACAUGCUGAAGUGAUUGGCGAUUUACGUCCUGAGAACUUGCUUAUCGAUUUGGAUGGAAACCUUCAGUUGACCUACCAUGGUAAAUGGCAUUACACCGGUCGACCGAAAGAUCUUGCUGAAGGUUACAGUGCUCCAGAGUGUUUCGAAUAUGGAUGGAUUCCAAGCGUGGAAAAUGACAUUUGGACAUUGGGUGCGCUAAUGUUCGAGCUGUUGUGUGGAAGAGCGCUUGUGAAUGCAGCACCUCAUGGAGUCUCGGCAUGUGAAGAACUCCCGUUCCCAGAAGACGCGUUGGUUUCUCUAGCGGCGAGGGAUUUGGUGUCUCAAUUACUCAGUGAUUUCACUGCGCGUCCAUCGUUGGAGAUUAUUCGAGCACAUGCUUUCUUCCGCAACAUCGAUUGGUCAUUGUACGACAAUCCACACAGCGGAUCCUUCGGCAAAGAUGGGGCAUCUUCGGCUAGUUGCUCAGAAGUGGAACUUAGAAUGAGCCGAUUAUCUGGUGAGAGUGAAUCCGGAUUGCCACCUUACGUGCCAGACCUUCUUGACGCCGUUGUAGACACUGAAGAAUGUGGAUGACAACGGAUUUAAUGCGGAUUCACGUUCGCAUAGUUUAGAGUGUUGCUUUCAUGCCGUGAUCUUGCCGUUUUGUGCCUUCAGGAUCAAUUGGUAGAUACAGUAUGCACACAGAAUUGGAAGAAAGUUCCGUAGAAAGUUAUGUUGCUCUCUUCGUCAUGAUUCCAAUUGUUACUGCCCAAAUAUUGGUAUCUAUUUCCCUCAAGUGUCGACCGCAGAGGACUGGCCGUGGAUGCGGAACAAGUGCGGUGCAGCUGAAAUGAAUAGUGACUUAUAAUGUAAU